CUGAAAGAGAAGCGGUAUCACUCAGGAUCACCCUUCUUCAUGAUGGCGUCUCAAUCAAAUUUGAUAAUGGUCAGCAAUCGGCUUCCCAUCUCGUUGAAGAAGAAAGACAACGGUGAUUACUCUUACAAUAUGUCCUCCGGAGGACUCGUCAGUGGGCUUUCGGGCAUGACCAAGAAUACGACUUUCUCCUGGUUUGGAUGGCCGGGAAUGGAAGUCCCGGAUGAGGAUGCGGAGAAGGUUACCAGGGAGCUGGCGGAGAAAUAUCAAGCUGUUCCUAUAUGGCUUCCAGAUGAGAUGGCUGAUAAGCAUUACAAUGGUUUUUCUAACUCAAUCUUAUGGCCCUUGUUUCAUUACCACCCCGGCGAGAUUAGCUUCGAUGAAGGCGCAUGGAUGGCGUACCGAGAUGCGAAUCAGUUGUUCGCUGAAGCCAUCGCAAUGACAGUGAAGGAAGGCGAUCUAGUCUGGGUGCAUGACUACCAUCUUAUGCUCCUUCCCGCCAUGCUCAGGAAGGCUGUGGGUGACAAAGUCAAGAAUUUGAAGAUUGGUUUCUUCCUACAUACUCCUUUCCCCAGCAGUGAAAUCUACCGGAUAUUGCCCGUGAGGGAGGAGAUUUUGCGGAAUGUCCUGGAGGCAGAUCUAUUGGGUUUCCAUACUUUUGAUUACGCACGACACUUCUUGUCGUCGUGCACUCGGAUCUUAGGUCUGACUACCACACCCGCUGGUGUAGAGUUUGAGAGCAAACUGAGGAGGGUUGGGGCAUUCCCCAUUGGAAUUGAUCCCGAGAAGUUCGAGGAGGGUCUGCAGAAACAAUCGGUCCAAGACAGGAUUGCGCAGCUUGAGAAGAAAUUCCAGGGUGUCAAACUGAUGGUUGGAGUCGAUCGGUUAGACUACAUCAAGGGUGUCCCGCAGAAACUUCACGCGUUGGAGGUCUUUUUGGACGAGCACCCUGAAUGGAUUGGAAAGGUUGUCUUGGUCCAAGUCGCAGUGCCCAGCCGGGGUGACGUUGAAGAAUACCAAAAUCUCCGCGCGGUGGUCAAUGAGCUUGUCGGGCGUAUAAAUGGGCGCUUCGGUUCGAUUGAAUUCAUGCCCAUCCACUUUAUGCACAAGAGUGUCAACUUCGAGGAAUUAAUUUCUCUGUAUGCGGUUUCAGACGUAUGCCUUGUCAGUUCCACCCGAGAUGGAAUGAACUUGGUUUCCUACGAGUACAUCGCGACUCAGCAGAGGCGACAUGGAGUGAUGAUCUUGUCGGAGUUCACUGGCGCUGCUCAGAGCUUGAGCGGAAGUAUCGUGGUCAACCCAUGGAAUACGGAAGAAUUGGCGAAUGCUAUCCAUGAGGCCAUAACGAUGCCGCCUAGCCUACGCGAAGCAAACCACAUAAAGCUUUAUGAAUAUGUGACGAAGUAUACCAGUUCUUUCUGGGGCCAAACGUUUGUUGGAGAACUCACAUCUCUUUCUGAGAAAACCAGCGCCGAGCAAGCAGGAUAAGGUACCUUUAGGGUUCCAAUAUGAGUCCAAUCAUCAGAUGAUGCUGUUAAAGUCUUUUUUCAUCUCACAACCUAUUCCCGCCCACCCCGGCACUCGAUCGAAAGUUAGUUGAAUUUGUCUGCAACAUACAAAACGCCUCUGGGUGCUCACUCACCCUUGGUUCUUAGAGUGUUAAAGAAUGUAUCCUAACCUAUGGGAUUUUAUGUAUCUUGCUUCUCCUUAUUUCGACUUGUCUUGCAUGAUAUCCUUUCAAGAAAAUAUUUAUUGGUAA